UUUGAAUGAUUAGAACAGUGCAAAAUCCAAAGCUUUGUUUGCUUUGUGCAGUGGGCCAAGGGUUUCGAGGCUGUUUAACAAGAGGUAUCUCCCUUCUGCUCGUGAACCUGAGCUCAGGGGAAACAGCUCUAUUUCACUGAAUUUUGGUCGCCCACGAACCGUCUCUCGUUUUAAGCAAAAGGAAGGAGCGGACAACCUUACGGCAAAAAGCCGCGAGACAUCCUUUGGAUUUUUUGGGAUUCUACCCUGCUGUUUUUGGUGCUGUCACGGCUGGACCUUGUUUUCUUUUUGGCUUGUCGCAGUUUCUACCUCUCUUCUUUUCUUUUCUCGUUUCUUGUUCGAUCUGCCUCUCUCUUCCGGGGUUGUCGAUUCCUCCCCGUCUCCUUCAACCAACAAGCCUACUAUGCGACGCGACCAGAACCGCGACGAGUCGGAGACCUUUCAACGCCCUCAUCAUCUGCGUGAAUCCAGACCUUUUGAUUCUCCAAUCAACAAUCGUCGAGCCCCAUACGCCACUUCCACAAACCGCGCUUCGUCAUCCGAAAUUGUGGACCCCGACCCAAACUCCGCCAACCGCUCACCCCAGUCCGCUAAGCCCUUAUCCAUCACAAGUUUAUUAAACGAGCGCAAAACAUCAAAGGCAGCUCUAUACACAGACAUGGACCAGCGGUCGUCUGCAGAACAACAAACACAACACUCGGACAAAGCCUCUGGUGUGAAUACGUCUCCCCAGGACACUUCCGAGAGCGUCCAUCAUUAUCGUCAAGGGGCCGAAUCCCAGAAUCCCGAAAACAACGGCGGGGUGCGUACGGGCCCUCCUGAGGAUCAUAACAGUGAUUCAGGCGGUAUUACCUAUCGCACCCGAACGGUUAUGGGCGGCAUGUCGCUAUCUGAUCCUGAACUCUCCAUCCGGACACAGACCCCAAACGUCCCCAUGUCCCCUCCGCGCCCCUCGGCGGAUUCGGAGGUGUCUCUUGAUGUCAACUUGAUGAGGAGGCCCAGCAAUGCGACGACAAUAUCGGAUGCGGGAAAUGAGGCAGCUGUUACAACACCCACCUCGGCAACUGAACAACCGCCGACGCCCUCGGAGACAAAUCAUCCUGGUAAAGGUUGGGUGCAGAAACAUACUUGCAAAUUUGCUGGUUGCGGAAAGACCUUUACGACUAGUGCGCACUUGUCUCGCCAUGUCAAACUACAUAUGGGAAUUAAGCCUCAUCGCUGUCCACUCCCCGAAUGCAAUAAGGGCUUUGCCAGACGAGAUAACAUGAUGGUUCACUACCGAGCACACGCACGUAAGCUUGGUCUCGUUGUUGACUCCCGAGGUGUAGCCGUUCCGGACGUGCGACAAACCAGUCCGUCGUCUUACUACCCAAGACACCUCAGCAUGUCAUCAAGGGGCAGCACCGGGAGCAUUUACGAACCCCACGAAGGCUACGUUCGCUUUCCGCCUCCAUACCCUGCCGCGUACGACUAUGACCGACCACCUCAUCACCAUCCCCACCAAUAUUCUCCAUACCCUCCUCCGGAGCACACUCCGGCUUACAGGUAUGGCCACUGGUCCCAGCCACCAGCCGGCAUAUACGAACCCGCCCAUGUCUCGAGUGGGUUGAAAGGGUAUCUCCCGGCCCCUCAGGCCCCUACUCAAGCUCAGUACGCUAGCGGACAUUACACCUACCACAGAAGUGGAUCAGAUCGGAACCCCUUGUGGGGAUCUACGGCGGGCUCAUCCUCGUCCUCUGCGGCUGCCGCUGCCGCCGCUGCUGCUGCCGCCGCCGCUGCCGCAGCUGGUUCUGCCAGCUCUGGCGCAAGUUCCUCCCAUCUCAAUAUCCCGAGAAUGGAGUUGGAGCACCCCCUAAGCAGUGGCAGCCCCCGCACAAACACCCCAAAAAACAACAGCAACGCUCUCCACAGCCCGGAGAUCGGCCGUUCAGGCUCAUACCAGUCUCAACAACCAGUGGGAGCCGCCUCUGGUGCCACAACCGUCAUUCCAUUUGUGAGGGAAGCAGGAUACCCCCAUCAUCAUCACCACCACCCUCUGUCACACCCCCAAUCUCCCCCGCCUUCCUCUCACGUUCAUGACAAGGCCUAUGCGGUCUAACGAUGGAAACACUGAAUUGCGGCUGUAGAUGUGGAUACCCCCAGAAAUAAAAAGAAAAAUACAUCGUAAGGGGGAACUGAAAAGCAAUCCUCUUUAUUGCCACGUUAUGUUGGCUUCUCUUUGUUUGGGUGAAAUCGUCUGUCAUUCUUGGAGGGCGCCUUUGGAAAGAUAUACGGUCUCUGUUGUGACCGUAGAAAACACUGUGUAGGCUGUCAAUAAAUAUGUUUAGAAUAAUCGAGCAAGUGCGAUGGUCUGUUUUCGCGCUGU